CUCAGACCAGCGGGGCCUGCCUUUCAGGAAGAUGAGGAACUCGGUGACUGCCAUUUCAUUCUUUAUACUUGUGGCUGUCAUUGGAUCCCAGGCGGGGAUCAUCCAUGAAACGAUACUAGAAGAGGAGAGGAGUAAAAUUCAUCACUUUAAACCUCCAGUAGUAAUUCAUCAAGGCGUUCAUGGCUCUUCAGAUUGCUGCUUCUCCUAUGUCUCACGGAUCCCGUGUUCAAGAUUUGUGUCCUAUUUUCCAACCAGUGGUGGGUGCAUCAAGCCAGGCAUCAUCUUUGUCUCCAGGAAGAGGAACCAGGUCUGUGCCAACCCCAGUGAUCAGAGAGUUCAGGAGUGCAUAAAACGCCUGAGGCCAACCACAAGACCUGGGAGCCAAGCCAUUGCCUGAGAAGGAGGGCAUAUAUUGCCAGCCACUUUCUUCUGUCUUCCCUAGUGACCACCUAGGAGGCUCUAAGCAUUUAUUUUUAUAGAUAUUUAAAGGAUUUAUCCUGCUGUUCUGGUAAAAUGGGUCAUGUAGUCAACAGUAUUUAUAGGGACUCAGCUUGAUAUGGCUAGAGUUCUUGAGUUGUAACCAUCAUGAUUUUCUUUGAGUAACUAUUGAGUUUUUUCUGCAUAGUUUCUCAGCAGAUUAUAAAUGGAUAAACUAUUAGAACACUCUUUGGGGGCUUUGGAAUGUGUCUGGUUCUGAUACUAACUUAAGCCAGGUACAUCCAGCUGAGAUGAAGUCAAUUUUGCCCUAGCCCAUACAUAUGGCCAACUUUGUGGGGACUCAGCUGUUCUUCCUACCACACUAGAGCAUCUGUGUAGCCACAGGUCUGUCUGUCUCUUUUUUCAGAUUCACAGAACCACAGGGCCAGUCUGAAAUUGGACUAUUGGGGAGAAAUUAUCAUACUCACUCACCUUGAAUUUCCAGGGCAGGUCAUGUAACUUUGGAUAUUUUCUUCAAAACCAAAGAUAUUAUGGUAUAAUUUUUAAAUUUCUAAGAACACAGCUUAUUCCAAUGUAGACUUCA